AUGGAACAAAACAAUCUUGGAAAGGCACCUCCCAAGAUGUUCGGCAGCCGGGAUAAGAGGAACUCGAACCUCUACUGCCUGUACCACCGGGACAUCGGGCACGAAACUGAGGACUGCAACGAUCUCAAAAAGGAGAUCGAGAACCACAUCAGACAGGGGCACCUGAAGCAGUUCAUCCGCCGAGGUGGAGGUCAGCAACGUAAUGAGCCCCGACGAGAUAACCGGGGUGAUCAACGCCGGGACGAAAGGCGGCCCUCCAGAAGCAGUUGCAGGCCUCCAGAGGAUCCUAGGGAGACGAAAAAGCCUCCCCGAGACGGAUCCUCAGGACACGGAUUAGGGUAUGGACCCAACAUAGAUGGGGUCAUCAAUACAAUUGCCGGAGGUCCGACGGGAGGGGAUAGCCAAAACUCCCGGAAGAGGACCUACAGGCAGGCUAACCCGGAUCAGGCUGAGUCGAGUUCUCGUCUAUCCGAGGUGAUAACCUACGGGCCUAGUGACCCCGUCCCAUCUGCUUCAAGUAGUCACGAAGCCUUGGUGAUUGAAGUGCUUACCAACAACUAUAUCGUGAAGAAAGUCUACAUUGACCCGGGAAGUUCGGUGGACAUCAUGUACCUCCGCACGUUCGAUAACCUCAAACUAGCCAGGGAAAGCAUGACCCCGGUAAGGACACCCCUUGUGGGUUUCGGGGGACAUGUUGUGCAUCUCGAGGGGAUGGUGACCCUGACGGUAACUGUGGGGUGCCACCCCCGGUGUCGGACCAUUCCGGUCAACUUCACCGUGGUAAGGGCCGAUUCCCCGUACAACCUUCUCCUAGGUCGGCCCACGCUUAAUGCUUUGCGGGCAGUAUAUUCCACCUAUCACCUGAGCUUCAAGUUCCCUAUUCCCGCGGGGGUUGCCGAGGUCAGCAGUGACGUUUGCACAGCCCGGGAGUGUUAUCUCGCCACUUUACAAGCGGUCUCCCCAUCCACCUCUAAUGCGAGGUCAGAAAAGAGGUCGGACAUUCUCUCGAUUGAUUGCAUCGAUCCUCAACAAACGGUGAAGCUCCAGAAGCUUGAAACCGGAGAUGAGGUGGAGGAGAUUCCCCUGGACCCCAUGAAUCCGGACCAAACGAUCCGUGUCGGCAUCUGUUUGCCUGACCCAGUCAGGACAGGAAUGGUGAACCUCCUCCGAGAAUACCGGGACGUCUUUGCUUGGGCUGCAGAUGAGGUCCAAGGAGUCCCGCACCACCUCAUGAUACACGAGCUCAAUGUUGACCCACAGGCACGCCCGGUCAAACAAAAAAGGAGGCACCUCGGCCCAGAGAGAAGCCGAGCUGUCGAAGAAGAGGUGGACAAGCUCUUGCCUGCAAAAAUAAUCCGAGAAGUCCAAUACCCGACCUGGUUAUCCAACCCGGUCAUGGUCAAGAAAGACACCGGGGCUUGGAGGAUGUGCGUCGACUUCACCGACCUCAAUAAAGCUUGUCCCAAGGACUGCUACCCACUGCCCAAAGUCGACACCUUGGUGGAUUCAGCAAUGGGUUAUGAGGUCCUCUACUUUCUUGACGCCUUUAAGGGGUACCACCAGAUAGGCAUGAGUCCAGAGGACCAGGAGAAGACUGCAUUCUACACUGACCGAGGCACCUAUUGCUACACCACCAUGCCUUUUGGACUAAAGAAUGCCGGGGCCACGUACCAACGCUUGGUCAACCAAGCCUUCAAAUCUCAGAUCGGGCGAAAUGUCGAAGCCUACGUGGACGACAUUCUCCUCAAAAGCCAGACGACCUCUUCCUUCCUCUCUGACCUGAGAGAAGUCUUUGAGGUCCUAAGGAAGACGCGGAUGAUGCUGAACCCCAAGAAAUGCGUCUUCGGUGUCACUUCGGGAAAAUUUCUGGGUUACCUCGUCUCGAGACGGGGUAUCGAAGCAAACCCAGACAAGGUGAAAGCCAUUCAAGAAAUGUCUUCACCUCGGUGCAUUCGUGAUGUCCAGAGGCUGACGGGGCGGUUGGCCGCCCUGAAUCGGUUCUUAUCGCAAUCAGCUUCCAAGGCAUUGCCAUUUUUCAAGGUCUUAAAAAAGGCCGACGGCUUCUCCUGGACCGGGGAAUGUCAACAGGCCUUCGAACAAUUGAAAGAAUAUCUCCACCACCUCCCAACACUCACCUCACCUCGUCCAGGGGACAAGUUAUUCUUAUACUUAUCUGCUGCAGCCGAAACGAUAAGUGCCGUGUUGAUAAGGGAGGAAGGUGUACAGAUGCCCGUUUAUUAUGUCAGCCGAGUCCUCCGAGGUCCGGAGACCAGAUACACUCAGGCGGAGAAGCUCGUGCUGACCUUAAUCCAUGCAGCUCGUAGGCUUAAGCCCUACUUUCUAGCCCAUCACAUAUGCUUGAGGACUGACCAACCACUUCGGCAAGUAUUAUCACGGCCAGAGGCUUCUAGACGCCUCACCAAGUGGGCUAUCGAGCUGGGGGAGUACGACCUGUCUUACGAACCUCGCGCAGCAAUCAAGGCUCAGGCCCUCGCAGACUUUCUAGCCGAGCUCACCUUUGAUGAGGUGAAGGACAGUACCUCGGCUAACAUUUCUCCUACUGCCGAGCCUCAGCGGUGGAUUCUACAUGUGGAUGGCUCGUCUAACAGUGAGGGUAGUGGAGCAUAUUUGCUCCUCGAAGACCCCCAAGGAGAAAUAUGUUCAUAUGCUUUGAGAUUUGACUUCGCCGCUUCUAACAACGAGGCUGAGUACGAAGCUGUCAUUGUCGGCCUGCAACUAGCUCGUAAGCUAGGGGCCGCGCACAUCUUGGCCUAUAGUGACUCCCAACUCGUUGUGUGCCAAAUACUAGGCGAAUACGAGGCUAGGGAAGAGGUGAUGCAUCGCUACCUCUCCAAAGUCCUCCAACUGGUGGCACACUUCGAGUCUUUUGAAAUCCAAAGAAUACCGCGGUCACAUAAUAGGAGGGCAGAUGCCCUCUCUCGGCUCGCUUCUACCUCCUUCUCUGACCUGAACAAGACAGUUCUUGUGGAAGUCUUGGCCGAGCCAGGAUAUGUGGGGGAAGUUAUAUGUCCAAUUUAUCCAGGGGACACCUGGAUGGGACCGCUAUUCCGAUUUCUCAGCCGGGGUGAACUUCCUGAAGACCGAGUCGGGUCCCGGAAACUGCAACGAAAAGCAGCUCGGUACGCUUUUCGGGACGAUCUCCUGUACAAGAGGUCAUACCUCGGCCCAUGGCUGCGAUGUAUCACUCCGGAAGAAGGGGAGAAGAUCCUGCAAGACAUUCAUGAAGGACUUUGUGGUGCUCACGUCGGCUACAGGAUGCUCGUUAAAAAAGCUUUGCUGCUCGGAUAUUUCUGGCCCACCCUGAGGGUGGAUGCCCAGGUCAUGGUCCUUAGCUGUCCUUCUUGUCAGCAUCAUGCCCCAGAGCAUCACCAGCCAACCAAUCUUAUGAUCCCCAUCACUUCGCCAUGGCCAUUCGAACAGUGGGGGACUGAUAUAAUCGGACCAUUCCCCAGGGCCCCAGGCAAUUUUGCAUACGCGGUGGUGGCGGUAGACUACCUCACCAAAUGGGUUGAGGCUGAGCCUUUGAGAAGCAUCACCGGAUCAGCAGUUCAAAAAUUCUUCUGGAAGAGCGUCGUUUGUCGCUUCGGCCUACCCCGGGUGGUCAUCUCGGAUAAUGGAAGGCAGUUCGCUGACAACCCUUUCAAGAUAUGGUGUCAAAACCUGGGAAUCAAACAAUAUUUUACCUCGGUAGGACACCCUCAGGCCAAUGGACAGGCCGAAAACUUUAACCGCACUCUCCUCCACGGCCUUAAAACCAGAUUAUACCGAGGUGGAUCGUCAUGGGUAGAAGAACUCCCCAGCGUCUUGUGGUCCUACAGGACCACUCCGAGGUCGGCAACCCAAGAGACCCCGUUCUCUUUGACGUAUGGGUCAGAAGCUGUGGUCCCAACCGAAUUCAUAACGCCGAGCCCACGGAUGGCCGCGUAUGCUGUCGAAGUCAACGAGGAGGAGCGGCGGGUUGACCUCGACCUCGCCGAGGAGAAACGUGAUAUGGCCGCGGCCAAAGUUGCUAUCUAUAAAAAUAUCCUAACUGGUUACUACAAUACUCGGGUCAAACACCUACGGUUCAGCCCGGGAGAUCUCGUGCUCCGGAAGAACUCGGUCAGCCGAGCUGAACCUCAGGGCAAACUGAAUCCUAAGUGGGAGGGACCCUAUCGCGUUGUCGAGUCCAGCCAAAAUGGAUACUGUAAAUUAGCGUACCGAGAUGGGUCUCGGGUGCCUCGAACUUGGCAUGCCGAAAAUCUUAAACUGUAUUGCCCUUGA